AUGUCUCACAAGUCACAAUCCAUCGGCAGCUUCAGGGCUUAUAGUACACGCCAACAGCGAGCGGGAAAGAAAGAGCCUGUCAAGCGCCAAAGACCAACAUUAGUUUGCGAUCAUUGCAAAGCCUCUAAACUCCGAUGCGACAGGAACCGGCCCUGUAGUAGGUGUGUCAGGCGAGAUGGCGGCACAUCCUGCUCUUACAAUGGAUUGUCACGCGCACGUGGUCAGCCGGCCAUUGAGGAAAGACUGCAACAUCUUGAAGCUAAGGUCAUUCAAUUGCUGGAUGCAACAGAUGCGUCAGAGCCAGUACAUAGCUCGAGAUUGCCUUCCAACUCCACUGGUCAACAGGCCCAUGUGUCCAGUGGUCGUGAGCUGGGGUUGCCGAAGAACCAAUUUCCUACUGUCGUGGAAGAAGUUAUGGAAAGCAUCCACCAGCUGCGCUUGGAACUACCUGCGACGGUUGAUGAGCCCGGCCUUGAAGAGUCGAUCGCCGACGGAAACGACGUUGUCAGUAAGAGCAUUCUCGGCUUACCAAGUGCAUCCUCGCAAGGCGCCAUCUUGUCACAAUAUAUGCCAUUGCAGAAGGACGCUGAUCACCUUCUGGAAACCUACUUCGGAAGUGGCACGUUUGUGCAACCCUUCAUUCAUACAAGACAGUUCCAACGAGAAUACCAUACUUUUCAAGUUGAACACUUUCAAGCAGCCUCAGCAUUUUGGCUGAGUACCCUUUUCUCUAUCUUCUCAAUCGCUGCGUUAGUUCACGAAGGAGCAGCAGGAGAGAAGACAGCGCAGACACCUAGCUGCGAGUUUUACAAUGCUGCAGGAAAGCUUUUGGCGCUUGGCGAUUAUCAUGAAACGCAGCGAGACGCUCCGGAAGCAUUGUUACUGUACGCCCAUUGCAAAAGCCUCAGAAGUCUGGAUCCCAACCACGAAUGUGGCGCCAUCAUCUGUAUGGCUGUACGGCAUGCAUACGAACUAGGAUACCAUCGCGAUCCCGAUACCUUCGGCAGGUUCACAGUUUUCGAAGGCGAGAUGAGAAGACGCUUCUGGGCUUGUUGCAAGCAGGUGGAUAUCAUGGUGUCUUUCCAACUUGGGCUUCCCAAUAACAUUAUCCUCGAAAAUUGCGAUACCAAGUCUCCUUCAAACUUACUGGACUCUGAUUUCGACUUCGACACUCAAAUUCUUCCCCAAGCUCGACCAGAGAGUGAGCCAACCCCAAUUCUAUGGUUCAUUGUUAAAGAUAGGUUGAUGCCUGUAUUCGCCAGAAUAUGUCAAGCCGCGCUGUCUUUGCGUGUCAAGAGUGAGAUGGAAAUCAUGGAGUUGGAAACGGAGGCGAGAAAAGCAUAUGCGACAAUCCCGAACAUCCUACGAUGGCGUUCAGUAUCUGAAUCCACCUCUGACCCACCCUUCUUGGUCAUGUGUCGAUUCUUUCUCGAGCUUCUGUUUUUGAAAAGCUUAUGCAUCCUGCACUUGAAGUACAUGGUACGUGGCAGUACUCAUAGCAUUGUGCAAUGCACCCAGGCCGCCAGUAGCAUCGUAAGGAGUGUUGCCGACAUUCACUGUGAAAUUCGACCUGGAGGCCGUCUCCAAGCAGUAAGCUGGAUGUUUAACAACUUCGUGAUGACUGAUUUCUUACUUGGCGGGAGCACUCUUUGUCUUUAUAUCAACUUGGAUCGUCGAAGAAGUAUCCCUCAGGGUUCGAUGAUGGUUACGUUGGAAGAAACCCUUUUGCUCCUCAAGACAGCUCACUCUAUUUGCGUGGAUAGAUCCUUGUCCAGUAUCGACGCGAGAAGAUUGGGACGAGCGAUAAAUUUUACAUUAGAAUCAACAGACGUCAAGCAAUCUGCUUUCACACAGCCAACACUAGGAUCAGCAACAGGAUGCCAGCCGCAAACAACACCGGAGACCAUAGUACUUGGAAUCCCAGACUGGCCUGUUGACUCCACUAAUCACAAUACAUACUCAGAGGACCAGUUCACUUUCAGUACGCUCGAUCCGUUCGACUUCAUAAGCAACGGGUUGAUAGAUAUCGAGCAAUUCUGUGAUACGACCACGUAUGCUAAUGAUUUCAACAUUACAUGA